AAAAACCAAAAAAGAAGUAAUUUUGUUCGAAAUUUGUGAAAAGAAUAGAGUUUUUAAGUUGUGUGAAAGUCUUGUUUUGGUUUGAGAGAUGUGGGUGAUGAUGGAUGUGAAGAAAUGGGCGCUGUCAGUGCUGGCGGUGCUGGCUGUGGUGGAACUGGGCUGUGUUUCGGCGAAUGUGGUGAGUUUUGAGGUGCGGCAUAAGUUUGCGGGGAGGGACAGGAAUCUGAGUUCCAUGAUGGCCCAUGAUGUGAGCCGACGAGGUAGACUUCUUUCCGCCGUCGAUUUGGAUAUGGGUGGUAAUGGAAAUCCCUCCGAUGCUGGGCUAUACUUUGCAAAAAUUUGGUUAGGGACUCCACCAAAGGAUUAUUACGUACAAGUUGAUACAGGAAGUGACAUUCUAUGGGUAAAUAGUAUUGAAUGUGACAAUUGCCCGAAGAAGAGUGAUAUUGGCGUUGAGUUGACAUUGUAUGAUCCAAGGAGUUCAUCGACUUCAAGCUAUGUUCAUUGUGAUCAAGAUUUUUGCACUUCCACAUAUGAUGGUCUGCUUCCUGGUUGCAAGCCCAAUUUGCAGUGCCAAUAUAAUGUUGCUUAUGGUGAUGGAAGCUCAACUUCUGGUUACUUUGUGAAAGAUACCAUCCAAUUCAAUCGAGUGACUGGAAAUCUUCAAGCUACAGUUACAAGUGGGAGUGUUAUAUUCGGAUGUGGAACUAAGCAAUCUGGGGAUUUAGGUUCCUCAACUGAAGCAGUUGAUGGGAUAAUUGGAUUUGGAGAAUCAAAUACAUCCAUCAUUUCGCAGCUAGCUGCAGCAGGGAAGGUCAAAAGAAUUUUUGCACACUGCUUGGAUAAUAUAAAUGGAGGUGGAAUCUUUACAAUUGGGGAAAUUGUAUCACCAAAAGUGAAUACCACUCCCAUGGUUCCUAAGCAGCAACAUUACAAUGUUGUUACAAAGAAAAUUGAGGUUGGUGGUGAUGUUCUAGACCUUCCAACUUAUGUUUUUGGUACUGGAGAUAAAAAAGGAACAAUAAUUGACAGUGGUACAACUCUCGCAUUAAUUCCAAAGGUGAUAUAUGAUCCAUUAAUGGCAAAGAUUCUCAACAAGGGGCCUAAACUGAAACUACAAAUGGUUGAGGAGUUUUCUUGUUUUCAGUUUAAUGGAAAUGUUGAUGAUGGUUUUCCACUUGUGAAGUUUUACUUUGAAGGUUCCGUUUCUUUGACAGUUUAUCCUCAUGAUUAUCUCUUUGCAAUUAAAGAAAACAUGUGGUGUUUUGGUUGGGUAAAUGGUGGACUGCAAAGUGAGGACAGCAACAAUAUAAUGCUUUUGGGAGAUAUGGUGCUAUCAAAUAAGCUAGUUGUGUAUGAUAUUGAAAAUCAGACCAUUGGAUGGACUGAAUACAACUGCUCGUCGAGUAUCAAGGUGAAGGAUGAAAUGUCUGGAGCAGUGUAUACCGUGGGUGCCCAUAUUCUUUCUUCAGCUUCCAGUUUGACAGUUGGAGUUGCUCUUACACUAUUGUCAAUACUAACUGCUUUUAUUGCACAGUUGUAUUCUUUGAAUUGAAUUGUUAGAGCAAAGGCGGUCUAGGCUGUAUAGCAUUUGUUUUGAUAGGUUUUCUUUCUUUCAAUGAAAUGGAUUCUCAUAUAAUUUAUUAUGUAUUUUGGAACUUACAUUUGAAAUUGAAUUUUUUUAUAUUUUUACCAAAUUUAUUGGCAGUAAAUACAAAUAAAAUUGGCGUUGAGUU